ACAUGUCAAAAUAUAGAUUGACUUGUAUAAGAGAAACAUUUUUAUCUUGAAAGGAAAGUUGUGAUUUGGGCUGUUUUUGUUUUGUUUGUUUUUUUAGAACGAGGCGGGCUUUACGGUGUGAUAGGGCUGGUCUUUCCCAUCAUGCAAUCCUGGUCGGAAAUGCAAAAGAUAAGACUGGCCAAGUUGGAAUGUAUUUUUCUUUGUGGCUUGUUUUUCCUCGAUAUCAGUCACUUAACUGAACCGAAGCCUCGACGACGUGUCCAGCAUUCGCCACAUUACGGACUCAAACAUCAGUUUUCGAGUCUUACCACUCGUUGAAGUUUUGCGACCUACUUUAGCCUAGCCUAGCUGAUCAACUGCGAACAAAGCUAGCUGCAAGGCAUGUUUUCAAGCGUUCAGAAAUCAAGUCAGGAAAAUGUCAGCGAGAACGACACCGGCUGCAGUUAAGUUCCAGGAGGAAUUUUGUGAGGUAAAAGAGGAGCCCCCACGUCAGCAACCCUCGACUGUGUGCAAAAUAAUGCACGCAAAGGUUGUUCUUCACAGACUAGAAGAUCUAUGUGCCAGCCAAGCCCAUCGUCUUGAGCACCAGGAGUCUUCUUGCGUCAAGGGGGAGGAGGAAGAGUUGCCAUACAUCAAGGAGGAGGAAGAGUCUCUUCCCAUUAAAGGUUUCAGAAAAUAUCUUGGUGCUGAGCCAGAAUCUCCUGGCGUGAAAGAGGAUGUUGAGCUCCCCCAAAUCAAGGAGCCAAAGCCCGGUCAACAGAAGCAACUUCCAAUCAAAAAGGAGGAGGACCUGCCAUAUGGUAAAGAGGAGGAGGAGGAUAUCACCAGGUUGACUGGUGAGCCCUUAAAAAGUGAAGAUUGUCUGAGUGAGGCCGGCAGAGGGGCGGAGCCUCCAAGCGGCAGCAGCUCAACAGAAGGAUUGCAAGCAGACAUUGACAUCGCUCCAUCAGACAGAGAUGGCGCCACCUCACACUCACCUUACAAUGAUGAUGGUCAUAAGACAUCUCACGGUGAUGACAAACUCUGCAAAUGCUCUCAGUGUGGGAAAACCUUUGCUACUAAGCAAAGUUGUUGGAUGCAUAUGAGGAGCCACACUGGUGAAAAGCCUUUUUCCUGCUCGGUUUGUGGAAAAUGUUUUGUUUCGGUAGGAAACCUAAAACAACACACAAGAAUCCACACUGGCGAAAAACCUUUUGCCUGCUCAAUUUGUGAGAAAAGAUUCUGGCACAACAGCAACUUGAUAUCCCACGCAAAAACUCACACUGGCGAAAAAACUUUUUCCUGCCCAAUUUGUGAUCAAGGAUUCAGUCAUAAGAGUGCCUUAAAAGUACACACAAAAACUCACACUGGCAAAAAACAUUUUUCCUGCUCAGUUUGUGGUCAAGGUUUCACUCGAAAGGAACACUUAAACAGACACACGAGAACCCACACUGGAGAAAAACCUUUUUCCUGCUUGGUUUGUGGAAAAGGUUUUGUUUUGGCGGCAAACCUAAAACGACACACAAGAAUCCACACUGGCGAAAAACCUUUUGCCUGCUUAAUUUGUGAGAAAAGGUUCAGGUACUACACCAACUUGAUAUCCCACGCAAGAACCCACACUGGCGAAAAACCUUUUUCCUGCUCAAUUUGUGGUCAAGGCUUUGCUCGAAAUGAACACUUAAACAUACACUCAAGAACCCACACUGGUGAAAAACCUUUUUCCUGCUCAGUUUGUGGUCAAGGUUUUGCUCGAAAAGAACACUUAACCAAUCACAUGAGAACCCACACUGGUGAAAAACCUUUUUCCUGCUCAGUUUGUGGUCAAGGAUUCUCUCAAAAGCAAAACUUGAAAAUACACACAAGAAUCCACACUGGCGACAAACCUUUUUCCUGCUCAGUUUGUGGUCGAGGUUUCGCUGCAAAGGCAACCUUACAAAAACACAUAAGAACCCACACUGGCAAAAAACCUUUAGGUUAGGUUACGGUCGGGGGAGUUACGUACGUAUUUGUGGUACAUUUUAUUUUUGUGAUUGCAUUUCUGUUUGGACUUUGCCGUUUUGUGUUUUACCUUUUUUGGCCAUCAACUUCUUUCCUUUGGUUCUCUCACCGACUGGCAUCAUUUAUAUCAUAAUCUCCUAUUCAAACUACACUUUUCACAUUUAAUAUUUGAAACUGCAGACCCCACAUUCCAAAAAUUCAAAAUCAUUCAUAGAUAUUGUCAUUGAAUAAAUAUGGAAAUUUAGAAUACAUUGUUCAAUACUGCAAAAAUAAUACUAAUUUUUAAAAAACUGGCUCACAAAUGAGUUUUUUGUGUGGGGGUUAAUGUAAAUAUAUACAGUAUAUAUAUAUUUUCAAUUACUAUUACUAGUGAUUGACAGAAUAUGAGGGGCAAAUAAUGAAAAAUGAAAAAGAAACAAGGGCUAAAACAGUAAAGUCGUGUUCCUAUGACAAGAAUUGGGUUUUUUUUCCCUUGUAGCAAGUCAAGUUUUGGUAUCAUUAAAAAAAAAAAAAUCUAAAAUAAAACACGGAAUCAUUUCUGUAUUUAACUUUGCAGAUUAUAUAUGUUUUGUUUUGAAAAUCUUGUUGUCUGUUAAUAACAUGGUCACCACCUGACACCGACGGGUCACAUUGAAUGAGGUGCUAUUGGAAUGGAAAAGUUCACUGUUGCCAUGUUUUUUUUGUAAGAAAUUCUACACAAACUUCCUCUUCUGUGUUGGAUCCAUAUUAUACGGCUCGCCGUUUCAUUACAAAGUUAAGUGGCAUUAUUUAUAUCAUACUCUCCAUUUCAAACUACACUUUUCACAUUUAAUAUUUGAAACAGCAGACCCCAAAUUCAAAAAUUAGAAAUCAUUCAAAACACUAUCAUUAAAUUAAUAUGGAAAAUUCGAAUAUGUUGUUUAAUAUUGCAAAAAUACUGAUUAUAUAAAAAUCAAUUCUGGCUCACAAUCUUUUUAACUCAUUUCAGUCUGGACUUCGGCCACAACACAGUAGGGCUGGGCGAUAUGGCCUUAAGUACGUAUCACGAUAAAUUGAGCAGAUUUACCUCGAUAACGAUAAAUGACGAUAAAUUCGCCCAAGCAAACUGUUAUAUAAUUUGAAAAUUUGAAUCAAUGCAUGGAAUACAAAUUAACAGUUUCUCGUUAAAUUUAUUUACCAGCUUUCAAUUUAACAAUUGCACAUGCAGUCUAAACAUUAAGUAUUAAAAAAAUCUUGUAAACAAUAAGAAUUCUUGUGUGAACAUUUAUAACAGCUUGUAUGACUUGAAACAUAUCAUCACUUGAAUUUCAUUAAAUUCAUUCCGCAUUGUUAUACACUAGAUAGUGGCAUACGUUUAGAUAUUUAGAAUAGAUACAAAUACGACACAUCCACCCGCCCCCCAGAAAUUAUACUUAAUUAAAAAAUAAAAUGUUUCACAAACCUUUCCUUUCUUUUAUUCAGCUCAAUUAUUUACAUCUUAUGAUUUUGGAAAUCCUUACAGUAUGCAAUAAAUAAUAUUCCUGUUCCCAAGCACUGUGCUUACUGUACUGUAAUUUUUACAAAAAAUAAACAAUACAUAGUUACUCCCUGUCAUCUAGGACGAGCCACUUACAAGACUAGCACUGUCGUGUAUUACAAAUACUGCUUUGAACACAUCUUCACAGACAAAAGCAAUGACACAGGCUUAAAGAGGUCAACUUUAAUUGUGUAAAUCACACUUAAUGACGACACGAUCUCCUGGUUGAAAUAGACGACAUCCACUUACCGGUAAUUCUAUUGAAGAUAUGUAAUGCUGAGGCAAUUUGUCAACUUUACUUUUAAAAAGAAACGUGCACUGUUUAUCCAGUAGAUGGGGCUCUUGCAGUGUGUCAAACAGUGAUUCAAUUUAGGGCAAUUGUCUUAAAAGUGGUUCAUUGUUUCAGAAAGCCUCGGUUUUUCCAUCCCUAUCUGGAACAUGUCAAGAGUUUACUUAAUGUCGGGUGAAAGUUUGGCGAAGCUAACUUAAGCCCGACUUCAUCCCGUUUAAUUGUAGCGUUAGCCGCUAGCGUUAGCCUACCGGGCUUCUGUUUGAUUGGCUUCCUGAAAACCAUGUGACUCCCAAUGUAAGCACACUGUCUGGUUUCUUAAAGGGGAAUGAACAUAGCCGAACAACACAGUCAAAGCGGGAUGAAAAGACUAUAUUUUCUUCUUUUAUUAAAUUACCGAAUUUACCGACAUGGUCAAAAUUACGUCGGUCAUCGUGAAGAAUUUCGGUAACGGUAAAUUUUCGGUUUACCGCCCUGCUCUACAACACAGCACCGAGACCAUACUUAUCGAAGUCCUAAAUGAUAUUCGUCGGAAUACCGAUGCAGGCAAAUCAUCUGUUCUGUUACUAUUGGAUCUCAGCGCCGUAUUCGACACUGUUGAUCACAACAUACUACUCAGCAGAUUGGAACAGUGGGUAGGGCUUACUGACACUAUUCUUCAGUGGUUCACAUCCUAUUUACAUGAUAGUGAUUUCUUUGUGUCAAUCGGAAACUAUCAGUCAGAAUGAACCAAAUUCACGUGUGGAGUCCCUCAAGGGUCAAUUCUUGGACCACUCUUAUUUAACAUCUAUAUGCUUCCGUUAGCUCAGAUAAUGGAACAGUAUGACGACAUCUAUCACGCCUAUGCAAAUGACACACAACUGUACAUUUCUGUGUCCCCACAUGAUUAUAGUCCCUUAGUCUCCCUGAGUAAAUGCAUUCAUCAAAUCAAUGAAUGGAUGUGCCAGAAUUUUCUCCAGUUAAAUGUGGAGAAGACGGAGGUGAUCAUUUUUGGGCCAAAAAAGGAAAGGUCAAAGAUAAGCAGGCAACUUAGCACAAUGUCACUUACCGCAACAAUUCAAGUCAGAAACCUUGGCGUAAUUAUUGACUCAGACCUAAAAUUUGAUAGCCAUCUAAAACCCGUCACUAAAUCCGCUUAUUACCACCUAAAAAAUAUAACCAGAAUUAAGGGGCUUCUGACUCAACAAGACAUGGAAAAACUUAUGCAUGCAUUCAUUUUCAGCAGAUUGGACUAUUGCAACGGUAUAUUUACGGGUCUUGAUAAAAAAAUCGGUCAGGAAGCUGCAGCUAGUACAGAAUGCUGCAGUCGGAGUCCUCACAAAUACAAGGAAGCUGGACCACAUUACACUGGUUUUGGAAUCGCUACACUGGCUUCCAGUGAGCCAAAGGAUAGACUAUAAAAUACUACUGCUCGUCUACAAAACACUUUUUACAUUUACAUUACAAAGUUUUACAUUUAGGCACUCCUGCAAUCGUCACACUUUUUCUGUUACAAACUGACCCCGGUCCCUCAUCAGAGAAGGGAAAAGUUAUGUGGUCCUCACGGGAAAAAGUUUGGGGACCCCUGCUCUACGUCAUGACGCAUGACGUGCACGUACACGACACCGCUUGCUUUUUUUUUUUUUUUUUUGCCCCUGACCUAAGUAUGCAUGCAGGGGCGGACUGGUAAUCUGUGGGUUCUGGAGGAUCACAGAACGGCCGGUGCCCUGGACGGCCGGCGGCCGCCAUUCAUUAUGCAUCACUGUUUUUAUCCCCCCUAUCCUCUGAUUAUCUACAGUUCGCAUCCAAUCCGACAGGUGGCAGCAAUGCGCCUGGCUUUUCACCGCCAAUCUGAUAGACUAGGAACGACGAAAGCACAGAGUAGCCUUCAUUGGUUCCUUCCUUGUGGAAGCAAAAUAGCGACGAGUGUUAAUGCACAAUAUGGAUGGUGGUGGCAAAAAAACUGAAAAGAGCAGGGUGGCGCGGAGAAGGUUAGAGAGAAAAAAUUAAAGAAACUGGAGAGUGAAGCAAAUGUUAUAAAUCGACAAAUAUUUUCGCAAGCAGCAGUCUGGCUGCAACGGCCACGUCGGGUAACAACAGCUCAGCUCCCGGCGAUGGUGAGAGGGAGCUGCAGCCGCUCUGACGUGCAGACGGUGCUGGGAGAGAGAAAAGAAGAGGGAGGGGGCAACGAUAAACUGUUGGAAGUUCCCCAGACAAGCGCAGGGCAAGUAAAUUGGGAUGAAGAGGGUUACUUGCUCUGUAAACUGGCAAUUGUUAUCCAUCAGGUAGCUACAUUUUAAAUCAAAUAAAUGACAAUUAAAGGGUUAGUGCCAGCUAGUCGAUGUACCCGUUUGCAAUCGUGUCAAGUUACAGUAUGCUAGUCCUACUAUCCCUCUCCUAAGAAAAAUUUUUUUUGCCGUAAAACAAUGUAUGCACACCCAGCAUAGCAAUAUUAAUUCAGAAGAAAUAUAACAAAAUAUUAAUAAAAUGAAUGGUUUUACUUUAAAGUUUAGGUAGUUAAAUUGAUGUUAUAUACAUUAUUAAUCAUUUAUAUAUCGUUUUGUUUUCUGGUUAAUACUUUCCAAUGAAGUUUAUGUAUACAGGAUUUGUCUUGAAAUGUGUAUUGUAUUUUCAUUGAAAUUUAUUAUUUGUAUGGCAAGAUUAAUUAUGGCAGGGGUCUCCAAACCGGUCCUCAGGGGCCGCUGUGGGGCCUGGUUUUUGUUUUAACCGAUUGAGUACCGACAGUUUAACCAAUGAAGUUUCUGCUAAAACAAGCAGCACCUGACUGCAAUCAACUGAUUACACUUGUAAGACACCAGAUUGGUGCAGAGGUUUUGUCUUGUUUUGUUGGAAUGAAAUCCUGCGCCCGCCGCAGCCCUAUGUGGAAUAGUUUGGAGACCACUGAAUUAUGGCAUAAACAAUGAAGUCAUUUUAUAGACAGAGAUCUAUAGAGAUAUAUUAUAAUCAAUUGGAUACGUAAAACUUGCUUUGAAAAAUAAAUUCUUUCAUUUGUUUAUUCAGGUUGAUCAUAGAGCUAGUACAGAAAAUGAAUCCAACUCCAGUUCAGCCUUGCAGUACUUUGAGCGCCCGUAGUCAGACAGUCACAGUCUAGACACAUUUUCUUCAUUUUUCUCUCAAAGUGCACGAAAUUGGUGCAUUUUACUAUAAAAUGUAAAAAAAAAAAAAAAAUUCUCCCGGGAGGGGCAUGUUCCCGGACCCCCCUAUGGGGUCUGUGUUUCCCUUUGUAUAGCGAUUCUUAUGGGCUGGGCUGAGUCAAAGUCCAGGGCUGCUUUUUAAUCCCAGUCCGCCCCUGAAUACAGCCAUUAUUUCACAUUUUUGUCCAGCAAAGAUGACAAGAACAUCUCAGUGCGUUGCAAACUUUGCGCUGGCUCAAAAACACUAUCGACUUCUAAAAACUCCACUUCCAAUUUAAGGAAACACUUGGAUUCACAACACGGCGGGAUUCCACUCGUAGCAAAGCCUACAGGUAACGACUACGAGGCAGCAAGCAGUUCUACAGCUACUUCAGCCCCCUCCGCCACGCUAACAGAUGAAGCUGGAUUUUUCUAAAAAAGCACCAAUCAGUGGGAGCGAGCUGAAAAACUUGGUCGGGCGAUAUAUUACUGAGGAAAUGCGUCUGUUGAGUACUGUUGACUUGCCCUCGUUACGUGCAAUAAUAGAAAAAAUACCUACUAGCAACAAUGCGCAGCUGCCAGACAGAGUGUCUUUCGCGUCAUACCUCGAAAAAGAAUUUGCCAACAUGGAGAAAAACCUCAAGGCUGCGCUCAACAAGGUUGACUUUGUAUCGUCCACAGCGGAUAUUUGGACCGCGCGAAACAAAAGUUACAUGGGGGUAACGUGCCGCUGGAUUAGCAGAAAGACAUUACAGCGCAAUAAGGCCGCAUUGGCACGUCAGAGUAUCAGUGGUAGGCACACCUUUGAUGUUAUUGGCGCAGAGCUUGAAAAUAUUCAUGCAUCAUAUGGACUCACAAAUAAAGUUGUGGCCACAGUUACAGAUAAUAGGUCCAACUUCGUCAAGGCUUUCAGAGUAUCAGCCUGUAGAGUCCAGUGAUGAGAUAGGGGAGGAGGAGGGCUCCCCUACAGAUGAUGAUGUGACUUUUUCAGAUAUGAAUGAAAUCCUCUCAGCUGAGAAUGACACUAGCCACGUUUACAUGCUGACUUUUAUUCAUACCGAUUCAAAUCAUUCCGAAUGGAAAUUUCACAUCAGCUGUUUACAAGUCACUUCAUCUAUUCCGAUCCAGCGUUUACAUGUCUGCCUUUAUUCCGAAAGGACGUUUGACAACUGCCGUCUGACAUGCGCAGAUUAAUCAAAACAAAGCGUCACGUAGGCCUGUCGCGAUAACAAAUUUUAGUGUGCGAUAAUUAUUCUCAUAAAUUAUUGCGAUAUGCGAUAUUAUUGCGCCCCCCCAAUUUUUUUUUAACCAAUUUACAAUAACACAGUGCGAAUACAGUAUAUAUUAAUAGAUCAAGUACACGCAUUUAAACACGAUAAAUAUUUACUCUUAAAUUCAAAUAUACUUUUUAAGAAAUCACAACUAAAAACAAUAGACCCUGCCUCUUAAGUAAAAAAACAACAACAAUAUUGAUACCGCACAGAAACACAGAAUAAAUAAAAUGUGUUAAAAAAAAAAAAAAAAAAAAAAAAUUGCACUUAAUAACUUAAGCAUUUAAGAAAAUGAAAACAUUUCCCGUCAUAGCUUCUGCAAUGGUGUUCCAUAGGGAUACAGUUAAGUCAUGGUUCGGUACGAAUUUUGAUACGGGGGACACGAUUUUCGAUCCGAUUCAAUACAUUUAAUGCUCUGUAAAAAAAAAAAAAAACAAUUGUAAUUUUUUUGGUUUUUUUUGUUUUUUUUGUUUUUUGCUAUCGAGCAAAAAUUAAAUUGCCAUCAUAUAAACAUGCAUUUUAGUGCAUAAUAUUUACGUGCUUACUUCUUACUGAUUUGAAAAAAUUUGUAUAAAAGUGCUGAGAACAAUCUUUACUGUUUGUAAAGUGAGGCAGGGCACACCGUUGAUUGCUACAGCUCUCUUAGCAGCAGGGUUUACUACAUGAGCAAGACAUCCUAUUUAUGGUCCGAAUCCAUCUGUGUCACGUACUGAAUUAACAAUAUUUGCAACAUUAUCUAUAGUCACUGGUAUGGAUUGAUUUGGCCUUCUUAACCUCAUGUGACAAAUGACAGUUUAGAAUUCAUCGAUCUAGUAUAUGGACUACAUGUCCCAUAAUCACUCUGGGCUCACGUAGCCAAUGGCAUGGACGUAGCACAUCUAGUUUGCCAUUUCAUGAUAUCUAGUGUGUGCGCGCAUUAAAAAAGUUAGCAAGCGCCGCUGUCGUCACGUCUGCUCAUUACUACACCAGCAUAUGACGGCUUUCAUAAACAGGACGAGUUUGAAGCACAGCGCUUUUAAUUUCAUUCAGCUGUUCUUUGUUAAAGUGAGGUUAUUCGUAGCAGCCAAGUCGGUAACAAUGGUUUGGAGGACUUCGUUGUAAAUAUCCAGCGUUGUGGCGAAAAAUAGCCGCCCCGCGUGAAAUGUCAGUCCUGACGGGAGCGCCCACACGUCAACAACACCGGCGCGCCAUAGAUGGUCCACAGUCACUCCGGAGCACUGACGCGGCCGGUAUACGUUGAACAAUAGGAUAUAAUGGGAACGAUUGGCUCUGGCGCUAGUUUUUGCCGGACCUGGAACGAAAAUGCAUUUUGUGCAGUUGGUAACGAACUUUUAACAGCACGUCUGCCGCACGCGCGCACACACGUGCACGCGAGGUGAUAAAUCGCAGCGGAAAAAUUACCGCCUUCAUUUUUAUAUAUCGCGCGAUAAAUGGAAUUAUUGCAUAUUGCGACAGGCUUAGCGUCACGUUGCAAAACAUGGAGAUCGAUCGUCAGAUCACCUGCUGUUUUAACUUUUCGAGUGGAAACAAAACUUCAGAAUGACACGCCGUUCAUUUAAAAAGUUGUGUGGGUGCGCUGUGCGUGUGCUUGGAAGCCAUGUUGCAAGUGACGUUACUUACAUCACCAAGUGACGUCACCACGUCAGUACGGAGCAUGUGCAGAAAGAACGCAACCAGACACCAUUCCGCUUCCCUGUUUACAUGAUAUAAUUUUACUUCUAAUCGGUUUGGGAAAAGGAAUAUUCCACCCCUGUGAAACGGAAUGAAAUUCCAUUCGGUUUGGGCCUGUUCAUUCCGAAUGAGGUGUUUAUAUGGAAGACAUUUAUUCGGUUUGAACAAAUACAGUGGUACCUCUACAUACGAUCGCUUCGACACACGAACUUUUCGACAUCCGACGUAUAAUUUGACUCGCCAUUUGUUUCUACAUCCGACGACAUGCUCGAAAUACGACGACAAUGGCAGCACCGCAGACGAAUGCACGGCGGAUUUUCUUGUGUGACAAAUCAACACAGGUUUCAGAAAAGGUUGGUACAGGUGGUGAAACAAGGAAAAAGUUGAUGCUUACCUUCGAAAUGAAGAUGCAAAUGACAGAAAAAUAUGAGCGUGGGGUGGGCAUCCGUGAAAUGGCUCAACAAUACAUCUCCACGGUCCUCCUCCGACUAUCGUUCGCCAGUCUUUAUAAAUUAAGCUGACAAUUCUUAUUGUCUCCAAAGAAAUCGCCAGCUUCGCCACGUUUUCAUCAUUUCUUUUACAACUUAUUCAACACAAAACGCCUGCUGUCUGCCGCAAUUGAUGGUGUUCUCAAGAGAACAUUCAAAGUGAAAGUGAAACUCAAGCUCACCGGUCUGUCUCUGGCACGUGAGCCCCGCGGUGCGUUCAGGUACACAAAAAAACGUCCGCCUUAUUAGAACCCGAUUCGUUACACUAUUACAGGAAUUAUUAUUAUUCUUUUUAUUACAUUAUUCCAAUUUUGAUUUAUAAUUUAUUUGUUUUGCUACGUGUAAUUGCCAUUUGUAAUAGCACCAGCAGUAUUUUUUAAGGAUUUAGUGCAGGUUUUUGGGCUGUGGAACGAAUUAAUGGAAUUAUAAUGUAUUCCUAUGGGAAAAUCCUGCUCGACAUACGACCAUUUCGACUUACAAACAAGGUCCUGGAACGGAUUAACUUCGUAUGUAGAGGUACCACUGUAUUCCGAUUGUAAUUGAAAUAUUUGGCUCCAUGUAAACGUGGCUAAUGAUGCAGAUGUUCAUCUGUCAAUAGCCACGUUUACAUGCUGACUUUUAUUCAUACCGAUUCAAAUCAUUCCAAAUGGAAAUUUCACAUCAGCUGUUUACAUGUCACUUCAUCUAUUCCGAUCCAGCGUUUACAUAUGACUGCCUUUAUUCCGAAAGGACGUUUGACAACUACCGUCUGACAUGCGCAGAUUAAUCAAAACAAAGCGACACGUUGCAAAACAUGGAGCUCGAUCGUCAGAUCAGCUGCUGUUUUAACUUUUCGAGUGGAAACAAAACUUCAGAAUGAUACGCCGUUCAUUUAAAAAGUUGUGUGGGUGCGCUGUGCGUGUGCUUGGAAGCCAUGUUGCAAGUGACGUUACUUACGUCACCAAGUGACGUCACCACGUCAGUUCGGAGCAUGCGCAGAAAGAACGCAACCAGACACCAUUCCGCUUCCCUGUUUACAUAAUAUAAUUUUACUUCUAAUCGGUUUGGGAAAAGGAAUAUUCCACCCCUGUGAAUCGGAAUGAAAUUCCAUUCGGUUUGGGCCUGUUCAUUCCGAAUGAGGUGUUUAUAUGGAACACAUUUAUUCGGUUUGAACAAAUAUUCCGAUUGUAAUUGGAAUAUUUGGCUCCAUGUAAACGUGGUGAUUGUUGAUCUCAUUGGAGUUUUCAGCAGUUUCAUGCGUGAAAAGGUUUGCUCACAGAUAUAUGUGCUGCCAAAAAGUGUUGACAUCUGCAUUGCAUGUUUUCUGAUGUUAGGGUACAUGUCGUUUGGGAGGGCGGCAUAGAAGUCAAUGAGACUGUUGGGCUUGAAUGUGUCUUUCAAAACAUCACAGUUCUGUAACUCGGCCAACUCAAACUGAUAAAAAGGCUGGGCUUCAUUAAUUUCGGCAACAAAUGGGUUCUGGAAAAGACGGAUUUCUUUUGCAUAAACAUGUAGUUCACGGAAUCGCACACCGAAAAUCCACUUUCAGUAUUUCCAGUGCUUCCACACACUUUUUAGCUGGAAACGGGACCGCUGGGUUCUAUGCAGAGAGGUUUUGUGUAGCAGGGAGUUGGAGGAAGCUGUGCUUUUUCACUUGUCCCAAAAGCAGUGCUAGUGUCACCUCAAAUGCUUUUAUGUGGGAAUACAUGUCACAAAUGAGUUUCCCCUGGCCUUGUAGUUGCAAGUUAAAGCUGUUCAGCAUUUCUGUCAUGUCUGUUAAAAAUGCGAGGUGCCAUUUCCAUUCUGGGUCAGUCAGCUCUGGCGGUGUGCCGAAAAAUAGCCGCCCUGCGUGAAACGUCCCCUCUUGACGGGAGCGCGCACACGUCACUCGUUCCAACAGUUUUUCUAUUGGACACGCCCCCUGUCGAUUAAACAUGGAAUGGACACGCCCCCUGUCAAUUAAAGUGCCUGUGACACGAAAAAGCAUGUUUAUUUCAUAAUACACGCGGUAUUUUAUGCUCCUGAAUGAUAUGGACCGCUUGGAUGUGUGUGGAAGCGAUCGCUAUAUUUAUUUAGUUUUUUUAAUCCCGCGCCAGGAAAAUGAGUGACUUCCGGCUUCGGUCUUGCAUUGAGGAGGAGGGCGCUGUGACGUGUACGGUAGAAGACGUCUUCUUCACGCUACAGUGUACUGUUGUGUAUGAGGACGAAGGAUUCAGCUGAUUUUGCGGAUUAAUACGUUUAUUUUUCGCAUCACGCCAGCCAAACGGGUGCAGAAAAAUCAUUCUGUAUGAGGGAGAGGCGUAUGCGCCUUUUUGGAGUUUCAAAAGGUUCCCAUUUACCGUGGAUAUUUACUGUGGGACCAUUGGACUAACGAGGAAGUGAGUAAACAUCUUGUUUUGUAUUAUGUCAAUUACGAAUACAGCGAUUACAAAGUAAACACCACAAACUUCCUUUAAAUGAAGGACUACUUACGUUUGAUCAUUGAUAGGCAUGUAAAAAGCUCUCCUAAUGCUCAUUAGCAGCAGCACGUUAGCUGCACAACAACUCCAGCCACCCUCCUCCGGGGAACGAACUGUAAAUUGCUCUCCGCUGGGCGGUUUGCCGAUCCACGAAAACAAUCGACAACCGGGUCGUCAUGUCAAAUAAUCCAGGAUAGCUAUGUGUGAUUUUCCGCUUUGAAGACUUUGAAACAUCACUCGGUUCGGGUUAGCAUGUCGGCUAGCUGUCACGCCUUCUGGUUUGUUUACAUUCUCCGAAACCGGGGAAGGGAAAUGACAUAUGUCCGAUUUAGGUGUCACAAAAUAUCGUUCGGGAGGUGCGACAGUCAAGGUGAAGUCGACAGUUUUGACCAUUAUGGAGUAAUUUUGCCAUGUCGUCCUGAAUAAAUGCAUUUUUAUUAUUUCAUAUUCCAUUCAGCACAAGACUGUUAUUCGUCAUGACCAUGCCAUUUAUUUAGCAAUUGGGGAAAAUACUUGGAUAAAGAAACAAUGACAUUUUGCCGCUCUCUUCGUCGCGUUUUCCUCGUUGUGAACAAUUCCCCCUCAAUGGGCUGAAUAGUAAAACCGAUGAGCCCAGUCUACCGCUGACGUCAUCCACCUGUUGGGGACGCUAUAACCCUAUAAUGGUAGCCGUGGCUAACCGGCAGAUUAAAAGACUUAAUUUCUCGUCAUCUGUGCUUUGCUAAAUUGUUGUAUAUAGUCGAAUGUGGCGGGGCUCUUGCUCCCAAAAAUGGCAACCGAAGCAGAAUGAUGUUUUUUGAAGUGUUUUUAUUAACGACGUACCCAACAAAUUAACAGCAGUGUUCUGCUCUGCACCACUGCGUGACUCCAAGUGACUCAAGUAGGAAAGGUAGGUCGCUCUUUAUAUUCCUCCUGGCCCCUCCCCUCCAGCCAAUUAACUCCAAAAUUUAGUUUUCUGUUCAAUAACUCCAGUGUAUGUAAUAUUAGCUUCACUAUAAAUUAAUGAAAAAUACAAUAAACAAAAUACUGGUACUACCAUACCGAAAAAACAUUUGGAAAGAAAUAAAUUUACGAUGGCCAAAAACUCAAGCCGUAUUGUGACGUCACUCGCUGACGGCCCGCUCGCGACGUCAUAAAACCAGGAAGUGAAUGAGCGCUCUGUUUUGACAGUUCAGCACGGGAAUGGAGGAUGACUACAUGUGGAAAUGUUUGUAAAGAGUGGGUAUGGCAUAACGAUGUUGUGGCGGCAGUCUAGUGUGCACCCCAGACCCCCGCGAUGCCUAAAAAGUUAACAGGUAUGGUGUGAGUGUACGUGCGCACGUGUGUGUGUCAAAAUGAAUACUACUGAUAACGCCGAGUCUGCCGUGUCUGACACGUUAUAUUGCGGACGCCGAGUUCCCCCGGGAUCUGACGGGGCUACUCCGUCACAUCGAAUCGUCUCAAAAUAUGAUUCUAAUUCACAUAAUAAUGCCAUUUAAGACUUUUUUUUCUCGUGUCAUAUGCUCUUUAAACUGUUUCGCACUUAAAGUUGACCAUUUUCAGAUAGCGACAUAGAAAAACAAGUUUGCGGCCAUUUUCUGAUCGUGACGAAGAAAAACAAGAUUGCCGUAAGUUUUCUGAUUUCUGUCAGUAACCUUACAUUUUUGAACAAGUUAGGAUAAUAAUAAUAUGUAUAUAUAACAUAUAAUAGUUAAGUAUUUUUUCUCUGUACAUUUUCGUUUCAUAUUCGAAAUGUAUGUUGAACGUAUUGAUAGACAUAACUCAAGUAUUUAAAAAAAAUUUUUUUUUAAUGUUCGCUUUUUAUAUGACAUGUUUGCUUUAUAUAUGACAUGUUUGCCUAAAAUUUUCUACCUCACCACUUUAUUAUCUCCAGAUGGACCCCAGACUUUACAAACAAAUUCUGAAUUACAAAUCCAAAGGUUUGUAUUUGGAUGGCACUCCGAAGACAGAGAAACGUGGUAUCCGCCGAAAGGCCUUAAAUUAUGUUCUACAACAACGUCUCACAGAUUUUAACCUUUGUCUUGUGUUUGGGUCGCUACAGAUCCAUUUGCAGUUUUAAAUAAUGUAGAAGCAAGCACUACAUAUUUUUUGUUAUCGUGUUGAGACUGACAUUAUCAGUAACAUCAAUUAAAUGUUUUUAAAUUUGGAUUUUUGUUUUCUUUAUAAAAUGCCCUGGUGAAAAUGAUAACAUUUGUGAUGUUAGGGUCAGUUUCAACCUAGUUAAAAAAUACGACCUAAACACAAUAACAGGUGCCAAACCUUUGCCAAUAGGUGGCCCCUCUCCCAUAAACUGCAGCUUAUUCAGGGCUUGCCCAGGCAUGUCAGUCAAGGUCAAUUUGGAGUUGGUGAUAGACAAAUUAAGCAUUUCAUAAAACCCUUCACCACAAACCAAGCUCUUGAUCACAACAAUUGUUAUAUAUCCCCAGUAGAAAUUAACUUUUUAUUUAAUGUACAUUUUACUGUGUAAUAAACCCCCAUUAAUAAAAAUCAAGUUAACUGAA